AUGGAGCUCGUGGCGCGUCAAGGAAUGAAGCGCAAGCACGUCAAACGAACGACUGGAUGCCACACUUGUCGCGAGCGGAAGGUGCGCUGUGACGAAAUGCGGCCGAGAUGUCAGAAUUGCGUCAAAUAUGGCCGCACCCACAAUGUUCAGUGUACAUAUGACGCGGUAGGAGCUGCAGCUGAACCUCCACGUCAGCACUCCCUUCUAGAGAGCUUUCUCAACGGAUCGCCAACCAUGAAAUUGCCUAUAACAUAUUUGGAUCAGACGUUGGAUAUCACGACCAGAGAACACUUCUUGAUACACCACACAAUCACGAUCAGCCACGAAAUGCAGCAUUGUCAGAUGACAGAUGUCAAUCUGGGCUCCAAACUUUACGUCAGGGCAAUACAGCACGCAAAUGAGAUGCCAUUACUCCGCGACUGCAUUUGCGGCGCCGCCAUCCAACAUCUUUAUGAGCUUUCGAAAUCCGUCCAGAUGCUAUGCGAGAAGUAUCUAUAUCGCGAAAAAGUAUUGGUCGGGCUACGUCAACAUCUAGCAUCUGGGGACAAGCUGAAUUGUGGUGCUAUACUUGUUGCAUGCAUGAUGCUCUCCUGGGACGCCUAUGACUCAGAGGAAUUCUUUCGAUCUAUCCAAGGACUCUUUUUGGUUUUGUCUAAUGAGGAUGCGAAUAAUGAGCAAUCCGAUCUUACCAAGCUCUUUCUCCCACUGGUGGGUGAUCAGCAGAUCAGCAGAUGGCGCCAAAAUCAGUCCGAGUUGCUAAGCAGCGCCAUGCAAUCGUUGAAAAAGCUUGCGCAGCUUGUCAGAGAAAAACCUUUGCUGCUUCGCGCAGCUAGAGAACUUCAGAAUCACCUUGUCAAUAUGCUCCCCUUACAGAACAGACGACUACCGGAACCCGCCCAACUAAAAGCGCUCUACCCAGUGCGCUCCUGGAUGCCAUGGAUCCCUACAUUCCUGGAACAUGUCCGCGAACACAAGCAAUUUAUUGCUCCGUCCCUGGCGAAUUACGAAAUGGUCAAGAUGGCUCAAGCUUUGGUCCUUCCAGACAUCAGACACUCGAUAGGAUUGCGCGAAAGGGCGUUAGCGAUCCAGUCAGCGUCAGAUCAGUUAGGGUCUGGAUUUAUAUCCUGCAAUGUGCAUACAUCCAGCGUCAUGCAAGGGCCGCUGUUAAUGGCUCGAGCCUUUAUGAUGUCUUCCGAAGCUGAACCUCUGGUAGACAGAUAA